AACAAAACAACAACACAACCACCAACGACUGACACACGACCAACACAAAAAACCAUAACCCACGAGAGUGAGGUAGCGUAUGAGCACACCGCCCAAAGGCAGCACGCCAGGACCAAUUUUUCACUCGUCGGAAAAACCAAGCGCUUCUGUUGAAAAGACUUUUUCGCCUGCGUGCUCUCUACACCACGCAGCCGUGAAGGAAUCAUGCGAAGUUACAGGUUCACUAGCCUCUAUGUCCCAGGCAUGCUCGCGGGAUGAACAAGACGGGCAAAAACUCACUCUUCCUCUUCCUCUUCCUCGAUCAGACCCUCGCGUUGGGGAAAAAAGCGUCGUCAAGGGCAAAGAAGAAAAAGAUAUUUCUUCAGAAGAAGAAGAAGAAGAAGAAGAUUCAGAAGAAUCAAGCGGCGGCGACAACAUCCACCCCUCCCCCACCAAAUCCAGCAGCAGCAGCAACAACAACAUCAGCCCUCAUGAAGAAUUCUAUCCCGAAGGAGGCACACGCGCCUGGCUGGUCGUCCUAGGAAGUUUCAGCGGCAUGGUAGCCGCCUUAGGAAUCAUGAACACAAUCGGCGUCUACGAAAGUUAUCUCGCGCGCCACCAACUCGCCUCCUACUCCGCCGCCUCCAUCGGUUGGAUUCUAAGCAUAUACGUAUUUCUCGCGUUCGGAGCAGGUCUUGUCAUCGGACCUAUUUUCGACGUCCACGGGCCUCGAUGGUUACUGUUCGCAGGGUCGAUUUUGAUUAUCUUGGCGACCUUUUUGUUGGGCGUGUGUACAGCUUAUUGGCAUUUUAUUCUCGUAUUUGGAAUUCUGGCGGGUCUGGGCACGGCUCUGAUUUUUACGCCGACGAUUGCGGCUGUCGGACACUUUUUUUAUGAGAAACGGGGAAAUGCGACUGGUGUUGCUGCCAUGGGAGGCGCGAUUGGUGGGAUUGUGUUUCCUUUGAUGCUGCAGAAUUUGUUUCCGAAGGUCGGUUGGGGUUGGGCGACGAGGAUUCAAGGGUUUGUGUUUGUGGUGCUUUUGGUGCUUGCGAAUCUGCUUGUUCGCUCGAGAUUACCCCCCAGGCCGAAUCAGUCGAUUAUGCCGGAUUUUAUGAUUUUUCGACAGUUGAAUUUUGCUCUUGUCACUGCUGGGACCUUUUUUAUGGAAUGGGGUCUCUUCGUUCCAAUCUCAUACGUGACAGCAUACAGCCUCAGCUCAGGAGCCAUGUCCACAACCUUCGCCUACCAAAUCAUCGCCAUCCUCAACGCGGGCUCCGCAAUCGGCCGCUGGCUCCCCGGACUCCUCGCAGACAAAAUCGGUCGAUUCAACGCCAUGCUCCUCGCACUAUCCCUCUGCGUACUAUCCUCAUUCUGUCUCUGGCUCCCCGCCACAAUCCUCUCCUCCUCCAGCACCUCCUCCCCCGCUACUCACACCAAUACAAUCUUCGCCCUCACAAUCACAUUCUGCAUCAUCUUCGGAUUCGCCAGCGGCUCGAAUAUCAGUUUGACGCCUGUAUGCGUUAGCAUGUUGUGCAAAACGGAAGAAUAUGGAAGGUAUUAUGCUACUUGUUAUUGCGUUGUUGCAAUUGGAACUCUUACGGGGAUUCCUAUUGCUGGGGCGUUGAUUGAGGUGUGUGAUGGCGCGUAUUGGGGUACCGCGCUGUUUACGGGUUGUUGUUAUGCGCUUGCUAUGGUGUGUUUUACCGCCGUGAGAGUGCGGAUGGUGGGUUGGAGGGUGGAUGUUAGGUAUUGAAGGAUAGAUGGAAGGAAAAUGGGAGAAGGGGAGGAGGAGGAGGGUGAAGGACUUCGAUCGAUCAUGGGAAUGGUGGAGACUGUCAUUAUGGACUUUAACGAAUUGUUAGUUGAAUAGUAGUGACUGGUACGUGGCUCAAGGUAGGUAGGGCAGGUCUGAGCCGAAAAUAUUCAGUCAUUACUGCAAUGAAAAGAAAAGAUAGAUAAAAGGGAAAAUAAAAAUACAAACUUCCUUGCACGACGGCA